CUUGUCGCUGUGUAUUUAAGUGUUGAGAUGUUGACGAUGAGCUGGAUGUGCUGUAAAUCGGUAGGAACUGAUCUGUCUAUGAGAAAUUGUUACUGUAGGCAAAGCUGAGCUCAAGAGAAGAUGGAAGAAGUGAAGAGAGAGGAUGUGGAUUGUUGUCUAUCUUCAGUGUAUGAUGUGACUGAUGGGAGCUCCACAGAGUCUCCGGAUUCUUUCUGUAUGUAACGCUGGAAAACAGCAGCAGAUCCUGCAGACCACACUGAAGAUGAGUUCUGUCAAACUGAUGGACUGCAGGAACCUCAUGAUGAAGAUUAAAACUGAACCCACAGAAAUGAAAACUGAACCCACAGAAGAGGAAGAUCGCACUGAGGAAGACGAUGAUUUUAUUCCAUCAGAUGUGAAGAGUGAUUCAUGUCGUGAUGGAGAAACGUCCUCAACAUCAGAAGAGCGACUGACAGCACAAACUCUUUCCUGCAUCACCUGUGGAAAGACAUUCAGCUCACAGAGACAUUUAGAGAGACAUGAGAAAAAACACACAGAACCGAAACUCCUCCCCUGCACCAGAUCUGAGAUCAGCUUUACUACCUUACAAGAGAAGAAACUUCAUUCAGAAAAGCACAGAGAGAAGAAACAGUUUCACUGUGAGCAGUGUGGGAAGAUUUUGAGCUCUUCCUAUAAUCUAAAUGCUCACAUGAGGACACACACUGGUGACAAGCCUUUCUACUGCACUGAAUGUGGAUAUUACUUCAGCACCAAAAAAAGUCUUGAUGCUCAUCAGAGAAUUCACACAGGAGAAAAACCAUACGAGUGUCCUCACUGUGAGAUGAGAUUUAGAUAUAGACGUAGUCUAAAGACACACGUGCUUUCACACACCAAUGAGAGACCGUAUGAGUGCAGUGAAUGUGACAAAGCUUUUGGGGAUUCAAGUUCAUUAAAAUCACACCAGAAUAUUCACUUUAAAGAGAAACAUUGUGAUAAAGGUUUCUGUCAUAAAUAUAAGCUGAUGGUCCAUCAGAAAGUUCAUACUGGAGAGGAACCUCAUCACUGUAGUGUCUGUGGGAGGAGUUUUAGUCAAAAGUCUAACUUACUACAGCACCAGAGAAUUCAUACAGGUGAAAAACCUUACAAAUGCUCUCAGUGUGACAAGACUUUUUCCCAGUCAGGUCAUUUAAAACGGCAUCAGAGAGUUCAUACUGGAGAGAAACCUUAUCACUGUAGUGUCUGUGGGAAAAGUUUUAGUCAACAGGGUACAUUUUUAAACCACCAGAGAAUUCAUACAGGUGAAAAACCUUUUAAAUGCUCGCAGUGUGACGAGACUUUUUCUCUUUCAGGUUACUUACAAACCCAUCAGAGAGCUCAUACUGGAGAGAAACCUUAUCACUGUAGUGACUGUGGGAAGAGUUUUAGUCAACGGGCUAACUUACUAAAUCACCGGAGAGUUCAUACAGGUGAAAGACCUUUCAAAUGCUCUCAGUGUGACAAGACGUUUACUCAAUCAAAUUACUUAAAAUCCCAUCAGAGACUUCAUACUGGAGAGAAACCGUACGUCUGCGCUCACUGUGGAAAAAGCUUCUCUAAUUCGUCUCAUUUCAGAGUUCAUCAAAGAGUUCACACUGGAGAGAAACCUUAUCACUGUAAUGUUUGUGGGAAGAGGUUUAGUCAAACGUCAAACUUUGUCAAACACCAGAGACUUCAUACAGGUGAAAGACCUUUCAAAUGCUCUCAGUGUGAAAAGGCGUUUGCUCAGUCAGGUCACUUUAAAGCCCAUCAGAGACUUCAUACUGGAGCGAAUACUGCAAUAUCACAAAUAAAUGCAACAUAAAAAAAAACACACAAAUGAAAUGAAGCAGUGCUGUUCAGGUUUUUCCGAUUGAUCUUAAAAGUAUUGUAUUAUGGAGGACAAAAAAUUAAGUGUAUAUAAAUGCAUACAAGAAUAAAUAAAUACAGACAUUAUUAAUUUGCAGAGGCGGACACUAUUUAAGUAUUUUUACUUUCUAUAAAAAAUACAUUUUUAAGUAUUCGUAUCAGUGUUUUUCUUUGGAAAACAUACAUUCCAAACCAUGUUAUCAUAAUUUUUACUCCACUACAUUUCCUAAUUUCAAGUUUUAAAGCAAUAUAAAAGGAAUACGGAUCAUUCUACGGAAAUGUCCCUAGCCUUUACAGAAAUAUUACACUUGAAAAAAACUUUAGGAUUACAUUUUUUAUAUAUAUUUUAAAAUGAAACAAUAUGUAAUUUGAACAAUUACACCUUCUUGAGCCAUCAGUGUAGCAAUAUUUGAUUUUUAUUAAUUAAUUACAAAUCCAAGCACCAAAGAAGUGUACAGUGUACACUGAAAUGUACAGAGGGAAAAUGCUCCAUUUAAAAUACAAUAAUGUGUCCAUAACUAUCAAAUAUGUGAUGUAAGUUACAUUAAAAAAACAAAAUGCUAAAUAAAUAUUAUAAAAUAUAUAAUGAAAGUAGUGGU